GCCAUGGCAACCGCACCGCCGGGACCGGGCCCAGCGGCAGCGGCACAGGCUUGGACUAGGACACCUGCGGCCACGCGGCUCCGGGAGCGGCUGCCCCCCAGAGCCACCUGCAGCGGGGCAGCAGGGAAAGAAGAUGACUUCUGCUGAGGACCUGCCAUCAAGUCUGACCACUGAGCAAAACCCAUCUCCUCCUCUGCCACUCUGCGCAAAUCCUGGCAAUCCAGUGUUCUCCUGUAUGCUGGACCCCAAAACACUCAUGACCAAUGGUUCUGUGACAAAGCCUCAGGUUUUACUGUUUAAAACAACUUCAAGUGAAUAUGGUGCUAUACCAGUUGUCUCACAGAUGGUACCCUGUACUUACCAUCCAGUGAAUCACACCUUUUCAAAACACUUACUCACUUGUGGGUUUUUUGAAAAUAACUCUUUAAACACUGCCAUUGACAGAAACAGGGUAUGUGAUGACAUGAAUUUCCAGAACACUCUGUAAAA